AUGAGCCAUCACUUCCCUUAUUCAUCAGACUUCCAGGAGUGGGAAAGCACUUCUUCACGCCGUGAAAGCUCGGUCUCAACCUCCACCGUGUCGUCCGCCUCCACCAGCAUCCUCUUCCAGAGCCCCUCAACCUCCCCCGGGACAAGCUCACGGAAGCAGUCAUGGCAGCUCUACGACGAUGUAGUGCGGCUCCAACUCAAUCCUUCAAUGACCAUUUCCUUUGUUAAGAAUGGUCAACUCUUCAAACUAAGAUAUACAUACAUUGACGUAUGUAAAGAUUCAACGGGGGCGUUGAAAUGUCUUGAGCUCGGGGGAGGUCUCGGCCAGCAAGCACCCUUUAUCCACGCCUUUCACAACACAAAACUACCCGUCCCACAUCUCGAACAUCCUAAAGACCACGAACACUACCCUCUCCGCAUCUCCUUCCUCGAUCAACAGACCGUCCAGACCGCGCAUGUGGUCUUUAUGACGCAAUUAUCAUAUAAAUUUGAAAACUGGCAAGAUUGUGUACAAUUCCAAGAGCUUCUAUUAUGCUCCAAAUUGGUCUUUCUAGGUGGCAUUGCCGAGGCCAAGUCCAAGGGCCGCGGAGAAGAGUGUAUUAGCCAGAACCUCCGAAUCCUCCGUGGGCAUAAUGGCAAAAGAGUCAUGCUCUUCUUUGCCAAUUCUCAACGUGGUGCCCUCAAACGAUACGUAUCAGUUCCUCUCAACUGCGUGGGGAGCGUGAAACCGCCCAAGAAAACCGGGCGACCGGUUAUCGUCGAGCUCAAUCCAAACUUUGAGAUCUUAUCGCAAAUGCGAAACCUUCAGAUCACCUUUCUGAAUGAUGAUGAUUGCAAGAGCUUCUGUCAGCUGCUGUCAACGGACCUUACGAUUGGAUGA